AUGGGAAACAGCCAGGGAAAGCCCGUUGACCUGGACGGCGAAGUAAACCUGAAUCACUUCCGUCUUUUGCGAGUCGUCGGCCGUGGCGCAUUUGGCAAGGUGCGCAUCGUCGAAAGGAAGGACACCGGCUUGUCAUUCGCCUUGAAAUAUAUCAGGAAAGAUGAAGUUGUACGGUCCGAAAGUGUGCGGAAUAUCAUCCGAGAACGUCGUAUGCUCGAACAUGUCAACCACCCUUUCAUUUGCAACUUGCGCUACAGCUUCCAGGACAUAGAGUAUAUGUACCUGGUAGUGGAUCUCAUGAGCGGCGGUGACUUGCGAUUCCAUAUUUCUAGGAAAACGUUCACGGAAGAAGCUGUGAGGUUCUGGAUUGCCGAGUUGGGCUGUGCUCUGAAGUACAUCCACGGACAAGGCAUCAUCCAUCGGGACGUGAAGCCCGACAACGUUCUACUCGAUGCGGACGGUCACGUUCAUUUGACGGACUUUAACGUUGCCUCCGAUGUGGUCCCCGGUAAGUCUCUUACCAGCAAGUCAGGUACACUGGCCUACCUUGCACCAGAGGUGUAUGCCGGACGAGGAUAUGAUGUUCGUGCGGACUGGUGGUCGCUGGGAGUGACUUUUUACGAAUGCAUCUACAACAAGCGGCCAUUUGAAGGCAAUUCCGAGUCGACGCUGAGCCAGGUCGUCCAGCUUGCGAACCCCAAGUAUCCUGUGACAUCGCCUGCAGUCUCACUGCUGUGCCUCUACGCCAUCAAAGAUGCUUUGGAUCCCAACCCCGAUAAACGUCUGGGCCACACUUGGGAGAGUUUCAUCAAGCACGACUUCUUCCAGGCUAUCGACUUCGUGGCCCUGGAAAGAAAGCAGAUCGAGCCAGUCUUUGUGCCUUCAGCAGACAAGACGAACUUCGACGCCACCUAUGAUCUUGAAGAGUUGCUGCUGGAAGAGGCACCCUUGGAAGCGAGGGCGCGGAGGCAGAAGCCACGCGAGCGGUUGAAGGACGAUGCGACGGACAAGGAGAUCAGAGAAGACGAGCUCUAUCGCAUGAUAGAACGGGACUUCCAGCCUUUUGACUAUACGGUGGCUGCGUACAAGAAGAUGACGGAGCAGGCAGAGCAGCAAGCAAGCAUGCCGCAAGAGGGAGGUCCGCCACAGGCCCUGACGACCGACGAAGCGACGCCGGUGAUGCCGGCAGUGAACGGCGUAGCACAACCAGGCCUCCAGCCGGCGGGCUCGUCGCAGGAUGGCAGCCCAAAGUCGGCCAAAGCGAGACCAUCAAGCAGUCAUGCCAGGCGCCACCCACCGGGUCGACCGCCGCCACUGCCGCCAUAUCCGAGCUCAUAUACGAACAAUCUGGCCGGCAACGCAGACGGCGGUACGAGGAUCGGCAGGGUCGGCGCUGUGAGCGGUAUCGUCGUGGAGAGCCCGACGGGAGGGAUGCAGGUCACGCUCGACGGCGGCGGCAGCUGGUCUGACCUGGCGCGCCAGGACGCUACGCUCCCGACCGACGCAGCGGGUGUCGCCAACGACGGCAACAAACAAGACUCGUCGUCCGGCGGCGUGUUUGGGUUCCUGAGCCGGAAGAAGGGCCGCGGCAACAGCCCCAAGCCUAAGGAGCGUGGCGUUCUCGGAAAGGAAGGCGCGAGGCAGGUCAUUGGCUAG